GCAGUGAGUUAAUUGUUAGCUAUCAAUCAAUAUAAUUAGUAUUCAAUUUUGCCUUUUCUCUGUCAUUAAUCAUGAGUGUAACUAAAUUUACCUGUGUUUUAUUGGCUUUCGUUGUUGGUGUUUCAUUUGGUGAUCCCCAUCGACCAGGUAAAUACUUGGAUCAUGACCGAACUGUGGUCAAUUGUGCUAAAUACAAGCGAGAGGCCAAUCAACAUUCGUGCGUCCUUUCAGCUUUCAAUACGGAAGGACCUUAUUUCUUACCUGAUGAUUUAGAGAGAUCUGAUAUUGUGGAUGAUCAAAUUGGUGUUCCAUUAGAUUUGAAAAUUAAUCUGGUCAAUUCCAAUGAUUGUACUCCCCUUGAAAACAUGUAUGUUCAUAUUUGGCAUACAAAUGCUAAGGGCAGUUACUCAGGUGUAGAAAAUGCUGGUCAAGAUGGUACAGGUUUCCCUGAUUUGCCUGAUUUCCCUGGUUUCGGUGGACCCGGCGGCCCAUUUGGUCCUAAUGGUCCACAAGGACCACCACCAGGUAUGGAAGAUGCUGGCCCUGGAAACAGUGGUAUGGGUAAUUUUGGUCGACCCACUCCAACAACCAACGAAAGAUUCUGUCGUGGUUACCAGGUCACCGAUUCCAAUGGUCAAGUUAACUUCAAGACCAUUAUUCCUGGUUGGUACUUUGGACGAUGUCUUCAUAUUCAUGUUGAAGUUUUCGCUAAAAAUACAACCGAAAUCAAUGAAAUCUCCUAUGUUGGUCAAAUCUUUUUCGAUCAACAAUUACCCUAUCAACUUAAAUUAAUCGAACCUUAUUCACAGAAUAAUCAACAACUUUUGCUCAAUGAUAAUGAUCAUAUUUACCUUAAUCAUGGCAACGAAACUUUGAUUGAACUCGAUUCCAAGGGUUCCGGAUUCUCAAGUUCAAUUACUUUGGGCUUAAAUCCUGAAGCUAAAUAAAACUGAACAAAAUGAUUUCGAGAAAAUCAUUUACAUAAAUCUAACUAAUUGUAAACAAUAAACUUUAAUUUCUUUCAACACUUAA